GUGCGCGCAGGCGACAUGUUCCUGCGGAGGCCGCCGGCCCUGGCCGCCUGGCUGGCUGGCGCGGCGGCAGCGGGGCGCUCGGGGGUGCGGGGCGGGGGCCUGCUCGCCCUGCUGGCCAAUCAGUGCCGCUUCGUGACGGGCCUGCGUGUGCGGCGCGCGCAGCAGAUCGCGCAGCUGUACGGCCGCCUCUACUCAGAGAGCUCGCGCCGCAUCCUCCUCGGUCGCCUCUGGCGCCGGCUGCGAGGCCGUCCUGGCCAUGCCUCUGCCGUGAUGGCGGCGCUGGCUGGCGUGUUCGUGUGGGACGAGGAGAGGAUCCAGGAGGAGGAGUUGCAGAGAUCCAUUGAUGAGAUGAAACGGUUGGAAGAAAUGUCACAUAUGUUUCAGCGCUCUGGAGUUGAACGCCACCCUCCAGAACCAAAAUCACAGAGAGAAGGGAAUGAAGAUUCCGGGGGCAAAGAGCAACCAUGGGAGAUGGUGAUGGAUAAGAAACACUUUAAGCUCUGGCGGCGCCCAAUUACAGGCACCCACCUUUACCAGUAUAGAGUUUUUGGAACCUACACAGAUGUAACACCCCGGCAGUUCUUCAAUGUUCAGCUGGAUACAGAGUAUAGAAAAAAGUGGGAUGCCCUGGUAAUCAAGCUGGAAGUGAUUGAGAGGGAUGUGGUUAGUGGUUCUGAGGUUCUUCACUGGGUAACCCAUUUUCCUUAUCCAAUGUACUCGCGGGAUUAUGUUUAUGUUCGACGGUAUAGCGUGGAUCAGGAAAACAAUGUGAUGGUGUUGGUGUCACGAGCUGUGGAGCACCCUAGUGUUCCAGAGUCUCCAGAAUUUGUAAGAGUCAGAUCGUAUGAAUCCCAGAUGGUUAUCCGUCCCCACAAGUCAUUUGAUGAGAAUGGCUUUGACUACUUGUUGACAUACAGUGACAAUCCCCAGACUGUGUUUCCUCGCUACUGUGUUAGUUGGAUGGUUUCCAGUGGCAUGCCAGAUUUCCUAGAGAAGCUGCACAUGGCCACUCUUAAAGCGAAGAACAUGGAGAUCAAAGUAAAGGACUAUAUCUCGUCUAAGCCUCUGGAAACCGGUAGUGAAGCCAAAGCUACCACUCCGUCUUCCGAGCGGAAGAAUGAGGGUAGUUGUGGCCCUGCCCGGAUCGAGUAUGCUUGAAAGGUUUUGGGAUAAGAAAGGACAGGCUGCUUCUAGCCCUGUCUCCGUCCCUUAUCUGCUACAGAACGGGGACAUGUAUUAGAAGGCAUCUGCUGUAACUGCCAGUGCAAGAUAACUCAGUAACUGGUGUCGGUUUGUGUUCAGAGCCGUUAACAGCUCUUUAUCAGAACAGAAGGAGGAGGCAUCCAUGGGGGCGUUGUCAUAUUCUCAGGCCAAGCAUCUUGCAAUUCAGUAUUUCACUGAGCUAAUCUGGAACAAACUUCUCACCUCAGGCCAGAAGGGGACAACUUCUUUUUAUUUCCUUUGAGUAGUUUCCUCUGCCAACAUUCCAGUUCCCACCAUUGGUUCCGCAGCACUUGGGAUUUCCUUCAGUUCUGAAGGUCCAAAUGGAGAGUGCAGUUGGCUGGUUGAGUCUUCAGUGAGGGGGCAUUGGGAGUGUUCUUGGUAACAGUUCUAGUGUUGAAUGGAUGUGAACUGUUGUUUGGCAGUGUAAGUGCCUUGUCCUCACCCUGCUUGUAUCUUUAGGGACAUCAAGUUUGUACCAAGAAAUUUUCUCUCUGCCUCCCAAAUACCACCCAUUGACUUGCCCUACCCAGAGCAGUUUCCUUUGCAUUGGCCAGUUCUUCUGUAUUCAUGCGCUAUAUGUAUUUGGAUCAUCGCCUCCUUCCUUAGCUCAUUCACCAAGAACACUGGGAAAUGAGUCCUUUCAGAUGGUAGCUUUCUGUGUUAUCAGUGUUUCGAUAGGGUUAACGGCGAUGCUCAAAAACAUCACACUUUAGGGUUGUUUUUUUUAAAGCGUUGUGUCAAGUAGGAAUUGGGAAGUGGAAUAGGAUUUCUCCAUCAUCCCACUGUACAGAAAACACCAUUUUGAUUCAGGCAUUAUUUUUACACUUCAGGUUUGACUGGAUGCUGAGGACUUGUCCAUCUUGGAAGGCUAAAGGCAGAGGAAUGGGGGUUGGGCCACUCCCUUAUAGCUCUCAGAGCUGUAGACAAGCCAUGUGAAUAAAUAGAUGUAAUCUUUCCCCAAAUACUAAUAUAAUGGGGAUGUGGUUUACAUGAACCUCUUGUUCCUCUGAAAAAUUUUUCUUUCUCUCUUCAGAGUUAAAGUGAAAGCAAACUAUGCUGUUUGGGUAAAGUCACAAUUAGAUGCUGUUUGGCCUCGUUGAUUUUGCUUUGGUCAUGCUGCAGUCUGACAGGAGAAUAGGGAUCAAGUUUUCAGUACUCCCUCCUCUUUUUCCCCUACAAUUUAAAUGGCUGGAUUUUUCCCUUUUUUCCCCACUUGCUAUCCUUUGAUGUUGAAAAGGGUAUCUAAACCUCAGACUGACUUAAACCCCUAGACUUUUUUGUUGCCUGAUAAGUUUUGUGCCAAGGAAACGACUAUCCCCAUCUUUCAUGUCUUGCCUUCUCUGAGUGGUGGGCAGAACAAAGAGAUACGUCGAGCAGUUCUAGCUUCUUUUUCAUUGAUCAUUUCUCUCUUCUCAUCCCCAGGACUUGACAGAAGCCAGGGAAGGUUUCUCUGGGUUACGUCUGAACUUAGCACCUGUGAUUGUUGGGGCAUGGAUGGGUGUGGGCAAGAAUGUGUGAAUGCACAGGUGUUAAGGAGCUGUGUUGCUCAUGUUCUGAUUUUUGGCAACUUGACUCUGUACUUGGGGUUGGUCUUAUGUCAUUGUAAUGAUUUCACUUCUAACUGUGACAUUUUUAUCAAAUGUGUGAAUAAAUAUAUAAAGAUUGGUACAAAA